AUGUCUGAAUCUUCCGACCGAAUCUCCAAGAGCCCCGAAUUCCCGGGACACGACGCCUCGGAAGAGGUGCUUGCGAAGUGGAAGGAGGACCUCGACGCUCAUGACCGCCGUGAAGAACGUCGAGGAGCUCUCCGGCCCCGGGGAGACAAGAACGAGUUGGGCCUGCCCAAACCUCCUCCCGCCGGCUCGAGCUCGAGUUCCGGCACCAAGAAGACCGGACCCGGGCCGAACAAGGGUUCGAAGCAGCCGGGGAAGAGAACGGUUGCGAAGAAGCAGCUGGCGAGGGGUCCGGGAGGGAAGUUUUUGCCCAAGGCCGUGGGGGAAAAGGGGAAGGGGAAAGAGUUGGGGCAGGAGGUGAAGGGGCCGGACGACAUGGACGUCGAUGUUGACGAGGAGGUGGUGGAGGAGGAGGAGGAGGUCCAGGCCGAGCCCACAACGACGUUGACGAUGAGUGAGCUCCGAGAGCUCAUCCGAGCGGGGGCUGAGAAGGUGUUGGAGGGCGAGAGGAAGCAGAGGGAGAAGGAGGAGAAGGCGGAGAAGGAGAAGGAGGAGAAGGAGAAGUUGGAGUCGGACGAGGCGAUCGCGAAGGCGAGGGAGGAGAUGGAGGAGGCCGCUGAGAACGGUACGCGAUGA